CUCCUCGCUCGCUCGCUCCCUCCCCCGGGCGGGCUCGGCGCUGACUCCGCCGCACGCUGCAGCCGCGGCUGGAAGAUGGCGGGGAACGACUGCAGCGCGCUGCUGGAUGAAGAGCUCUCGUCCUUCUUCCUCAACUAUCUCUCUGACACGCAGGAUGGGGAAUCCGGGGAGGAACAGCUGUGUGCUGACUUUCCAGAGCUCGACCUCUCCCAGCUGGACACCAGUGACUUUGACUCAGCCGCCUGCUUUGGGGAGCUGCAAUGGUGCCCCGAGACCUCAGAGACAGAGCCCAGCCAGUACAGCCCGGAUGACGCCGAGCUCUUCCAGAUCGACAGUGAAAAUGAAGCGCUCUUGGCUGCGCUCACCAAGACCCUGGAUGACAUCCCCGAAGACGACGUGGGGCUGGCUGCCUUCCCGGGCCUGGAUGAAGGAGACACACCAUCCUGUGUCUCGGCUUCACCUGCCCCUUUGUCGGAGCCCCCCAGCCCCGCCCUGGAGAGGCUUCUGUCCCCAGUGUCUGAAGUGGAUGAUGAGCUUUCACUGCUGCAGAAGCUCCUCCUGGCCACAUCCUCCCCAGCAGCAAGCUCUGACGCUCUGAAGGAGGGGGCCACCUGGUCCCAGGCCAGCCUCAGGUCCAGAAGUCAGCGGCCUUGUGUCAAGGUGGAUGGCACCCAGGACAAGAAGACCCCCAUGCUGCGGUCUCAGAGUCGGCCUUGUACAGAACUGCAUAAGCACCUCACCUCGGUGCUGCCCUGCCCCCAAGUGAAAGCCUGCACCCCGACCCCACGCCCGAGUCCUCAGCUCCUCACCAAGGAGGAUGAGGAGGUGGGGGAGGAUUGCCCCAGCCCCUGGCCAGCUCCAGCCUCUCCCCAAGACUCCCUAGCACAGGACAGGGCCAGUCCCAGCUGUGCUCAGGCUCCCCAGGAGGAUGUGAGGUCCAUGGUACAGCUCAUUCGCUACAUGCACACCUACUGCCUGCCCCAGAGGAAGCUGCCCCAGCGGGCCCCAGAGCUGGUUCCCCAGCCCUGCAGCAGCCCCUCCAAGCAGAUCCCACCCCGGUCCCGGCAUCCUCCCAAAGCCUUCUGGACUGAGUUCUCCAUCCUAAGGGAACUUCUGGCUCAAGACGUCCUCUGUGACGUCAGCAAGCCCUACCGCCUGGCCACACCUGUCUAUGCUUCCCUCACACCCCAGUCCAGGCCCAGGCCCCCCAAAGACAGUCAGACCUCCCCUGCCCACUCUGCCAUGGCAGAAGAGGUGACAAUCACUGCUUCCUCCAAGAGCACUGGGCCUAGACCCAGCCUGCGCCCUCUGAGGCUGGAGGUGAAGCGGGAUGUCAGUCAACCUGCCAGGCAAAAGCAUGAGGAAGAGGAGGAAGAAGAGGAAGAGGAGGAGGAAGAAGAGAAAGAGGAGGAGGAAGAGGAGUGGGGCAGGAAGAGACCAGGCCGUAGCCUGCCAUGGACCAAACUAGGGAGGAAGCUGGACAGCUCUGUGUGCCCGGUGCGGCGUUCCAGGAGACUGAAUCCGGAGCUGGGCCCCUGGCUGACAUUCACCGAUGAGCCCCUAGGUGCUCUGCCCUCCAUGUGCCUGGCUACAGAGACCCACCGCCUGGAAGAGGAACUGGUCAGCCUCACAGACAGUCGUCAAGACCAGCAGCAGCUCCCCCAGGGAUCCCAGAUCCCAGCCCUGGAAAGCCCCUGUGAGAGUGGAUGUGGAGACACAGAUGAGGACCCUAGCUGCCCACGGCCCCCUUCCAGAGACUCCCCCAGGUGCCUCAUGCUGGCCUUGUCACAAAGCGACCCUCUCGGCAAGAAGAGCUUUGAGGAGUCCUUGACGGUGGAGCUUUGUGGUACGGCAGGACUCACUCCCCCCACCACACCUCCAUAUAAGCCCAUGGAGGAGGACCCCUUCAAGCCGGACACCAAGCACAGCCCGGGCCAAGACGCAGCUCCCAGCCUCCCCUCCCCUGAGGCCCUUCAGCUCCCAGCCACCCCAGGGGCCUCCCACAAGCUGCCCAAGAGGCACCCAGAGCGAAGCCAGCUCCUGUCCCACCUGCAGCACGCCCCAGCCCAGCCAGUCUCCCAGGCUGGGCAGAAGCGCCCCUUCUCCUGCUCCUUUGGAGACCACGACUACUGCCAGGUGCUCAGGCCAGAGGCGGCCCUGCAGAGGAAGGUGCUGCGGUCCUGGGAGCCCGCCGGGGUCCAUCUUGAGGCCUGGCCCCAGCAGGGUGCCUCCCUGCCAACUGAAACGAAGGCCCCUAGGAGGGAGGCCGGCCAGAGCUGUGACUCUGCCCCCAAGGACAGCAUGCAGCUGAGAGACCAUGAGAUCCGUGCCAGCCUCACCAAGCACUUUGGGCUGCUCGAGACGGCUCUGGAGGAUGAAGAUCUGGCUUCAUGUAAAAGCCCAGAGUAUGACACCGUGUUUGAAGACAGCAGCAGCAGCAGUGGCGACAGCAGCUUCCUGCUGGAGGAGGAAGAGGAGGAGGGAGAGGAGGAGGAGGAGGAGGAGGAAGGAGAGGACUCAGGGGUCAGCCCUCCCUGCUCUGACCACUGCCCCUACCAGAGCCCACCCAGUAAGGCCAGCCGGCCACUCUGUCCCCGCAGCCGCUCCAGUUCUGGCUCCUCAUCCUGUGGCUCCUGGUCACCAGCCACCCGGAAGAACUUCAGACGCGAGAGCAGAGGGCCCUGUUCAGAUGGAACCCCGCGCGCCCGCCAUGCCAGGAAGCGGCGGGAAAAGGCCAUCCAGGGUGAAGGCCGUGUGGUGUACGUCCGAAAUCUGUCCAGUGACAUGAGCUCUCGGGAACUCAAGAAGCGCUUCGAGGUGUUCGGCGAGAUAGUAGAGUGCCAGGUGCUGACAAGAAGUAAGAGAGGCGAGAAGCACGGCUUCAUCACCUUCCGGUGUUCAGAGCACGCUGCCCUGUCCCUGAGGAACGGCGCAACCCUGAGGAAGCGUAAUGAGCCCUCCUUCCACCUGAGCUAUGGAGGGCUCCGGCACUUCCGCUGGCCCAGAUACACUGACUAUGAUCCCGCGUCAGAAGAGGCCCUGCCCUCAUCUGGGAAGAGCAAGUAUGAAGCCAUGGAUUUUGACAGCUUACUGAGAGAGGCCCAGCAGAGCCUGCAUUGAUAUCAGCCUUAACCUUCGAGGAAUACCUCAAUACCUCAGACAAGGCCCUUCCAAUAUGUUUACGUUUUCAAGGAAAUAAGUCUAUGAGAAGGAGAGCGAGCCAGUGAGCGAGCGUGAGAGAGAGAGAGACUUGAAUCUGCUGUCGUUCCCUUUGAAAAACAAAUCAAUGUUUACAUUGAACAAAGCUGCUUCUGUCCGUGAGUUUCCAUGGUGUUCCACUGCCACGUUAGUGUCCUCGCUUCCAGCGGAUCGUCCUGGGCGCACCUCAGAGUGCUGUCAGUCACCCUCUGCCCCUCCCCUUCCCUUCCCCCCCUCCACCCACCUGACUUCCUUCUGUAGACUCGAGCUAUGUUCCCCAUAACAUCUUCUGUCUGUAGCGUGUGAUGAUGAAAUUGUUACUUGUGAAUAGAAUCAGGAUUAGCAACUCAUUUUUAAUUGACGAAAAAAAAAAAGUAUAUCCUUAAAACAAAUGUAUUUAUGGCUCAGCUAUCCUGUGCCUGGGAUUAUCGUAUUGCUUCCUUGAUUGUUGAACUAUGCACUGUCAUGAGGUGUUUGCUACUAAGCUGCGCUGCUCCCCUGGGCAUGUAGUCCUGGAAGUGCUGGGUGGCCACUCGGUCCCCAGGAAAGAUUGGCUGCAGUCACAAGUAGGAAGAGUGGAGAGAGAUUAUCCAGGUAUCCUCUACCAAGCCCUGGUGUCUUUUAUUUGGAGUGUGUUCCACUCACGUUGUAAAGAGAAUCCCUUUCCCCUGUCUGACUCACACUUGGAGAGUGCCUGUCUCUAGUGCUCAGAGCCGUGAGUGCCUGGAAGAAAGGUGUAGCGAGCUGCGUUAGACCCAUUCCACGGGGAAAGAGGACAGUGCCCUGUGACGGUGAAGUGUCUUGCCCAAAGUCCCAUGGCCAGGGAGCGUGCCGAGCAGCAUCCACACCAUGCCGUCUGACUCCAGGCCCCAGCCUGCUGUGGUAGAUAGCAUAAAGAUGCUAAAGUCAGAGGCUGGCAGAGUGGAGUUAGCGGAGUUGAGCAAUAGGCUAGAAGCCUCGUAGCUCAGUUGAGAAUUAGGUCAACAGUGGACUCACCAGCAUUAAGGCAAAUUCCAGCUUCAUUCAGCACAGGCUCAGGCGUCCCUCAGCUCUGAUCCUCAGUGUCCUGUGACUUACCCUGCCUGUGGAUGCCCCUCAAGGGUGCACAGGCUUCCUCUAGGAGCAGUCAUUUCGGGCAGGGAGGGCAACUGGUAGCCCCUCCUGUAUUCUGCUGCUGUCCUUGCUGUUCCUUCUCUGUAAAGGUGCAGGGUAGGGGGUGGACAGGUAGAGGUGGACAGGUCGGGGGUGGACAAGACACUCCCAAGGAACAUUCACAGUGGGCUCCUCUUCAAACCGUUCUUGACUACUGUCAAAGCCAUAUCCAGUGUGACAUUCACUGGGUUCCCAGGGGCCCUUCAUGAGGGAGAACCAGCCAGGCAGUGUCCACUUUAAUUCUUCAUAUAAAUCAGUUCCUCCUUGGUCUCGUGACAUUUUCUUUCUUUCACUUUUCCUUCCCCCGCAAUGUUCUGCCAAAUAAGAAAGUUUGGAGUAACUGACUCAUGAAACUAACCAAGCUAAAUUAAUCUGCUGCUAGUACCAGGCUUAUUCCUUUGAGAAUUGGCGGUCAAUUUUGUUCUUUUUAAGAUUUUCAAGUACCUCAGUAAAGAAAGUGAACCCAUGAUCUUAGGCUUGGUGUUUGGAAGACUCUCCACCCACAGAGGAGGCUGGAAGAGACUGGCUUUAGCAGAAAUAGGGAAACAGAGGAUCUGUGUGUCAGAUCCAUUGGCCUCCCGACACCCCAGUUUCCCUUUCUGUGAGAUAGACUGAGGGGCACAGUUAGAGAGCAACGUCUUAGCUUCUGCUCAGUGUCUAGUCACAGUCGUGACUCCCGCAUCCUUGGUUAAUGCAGACAUACGUGAUUGAGCAUAACACUAAUUUUUUUUUUUUUCUGAGCCCGGUUGUACUAUUAGAAUCCUCAACACAGUACUCUGGGCAGGCACUACAAAUUGGUUGGUGUUUAAUUUAUUUGGCGUCCUGAUCUAGUGGUAGUCUUUGGAAGACUACCAUUGUAGAGCCAUAUGCUGGCUGGUUUUUAUGCUGACCCAUCCCUGUCAUGACCUGAUCCCUGGAGGGGAAAAAAUGCCCUGGAAGCCAUUACUUGGCAGAAGACUUCCCAAUACUGUAUAGAGAGGGGAAGGGUAGAAUAGCAAACAGGAAUAUAACUGGAGAAGGUGUGGCUUCUAAGGAUAGAUCCAAAACGGGACUUUUCACAGCACAGACCCAGUCAUUCUGAAUUCCUUCAUAGUUGGUCAUUGCCUAGCACAUGGUAGGCACAUGGGAAAUGGGGAUAGAACAAAACCAAAUUAAAGUUCUUCAGUUGCAUCCACUAAAGCUUGGGCUCUAAUCACAGGGGAAAGUGAGUGUUGGUUGAAGAAGCUGAUGGGAAAGGGACUAGAUUUAAUCUGGAGAGCCAUUUGAAUUCUGACCCCACCAAGAACUUCUUUUGUGGCUUUUUGGGUCCCUUCUUCCUGGGCUCUUCCUGCUUGCUUCUGCCAUUACACUGAGCCAGAUGGGUGAUUGCUGGGGUAAAAAAACAAAUUCUUAGCAAACAGCAAGUCUCUCUCUCUCCCCAGCCAGGUUCACAUUGGAGCUGCUCAGUCAGUUCGCUCCAAGUCACUGAGAUGUUGGCUCUUGAGGAAAGCAGACUUGAGCCUGGCUUUGAUGCCUGAGAUUCCAGAGGUCCGUGCUGAGAGCUCAUGUCCACCAAGAGUUUCUAGUAUUCUCCACUUACCCUCUCAUUAAAAAAAACAAAAACAAACAAACAGGCUACCAGCUUGGCAGAUGACCAGUCCUGUAGAUUAUCUCUCUCUGGAAGAUUCACUCGGUGCUGCAUACCAUUUACCAAGGAGACUGUCAGGCCCCUCCGAGACCACGAGUCCGUCUUGGUCUCUUUCCCAUUGAAUCAAGGAGGAACCCAGAGGGAGCAGCUGCUAUUGGUAACCAUCUCAUUGUAGCUGUCCUGAUGUGUCUCAAUGUUGUUUACCUGUGAUUGCCAUACAGCUUCCUGUAGACUGUGUUGGCCGCCGCCCAGGCAGGGCAGGCUCCGCGUCAUCUCUGUGCUGGGCUGGUAUCUUUUCUAGAAAUGUCCAAUCCAACCACUAAGUGGAAUUCUUCCAUCUCCUUCCUCAGUCACUACAAGACUGAAUCAGAGUCCUCUCUCUCUCGGGGGUGGGGCGGGGACUCUGGUUACUGAAGGCAAAUGCAUCAAAUCGGUAAAGGAUAUGAGUGGAUGGAAUGCAGCUAAGGUCCCUACUCCCCAUCCCCCCCCCAUAAACAUUGUGGCUCCCACUAGAAAAAUGCUUUGAGUCAGGAAGUGCCCAUCCUAUGCCUGUGUUUAUAUCUCUUGAUCUGGUAUCCUCUGGUGGACAGCAAGACUCCAGGGUUGGGAGGUGUGCUCUGAGCCAGCCACAGAGACUUGGCCCUCAAGUCUUAAUGUGGGAAGACGUACAAUAAGAAGUCUUUUGUGACCUCAAGCCUUACAGGUCAAUCAGUGUUGGGGGGAAGAUGUGAUAUGCCUGCCGUGGCCACUGUGCAGGUAAUAAAUGGGGAGAAAGUGCAGGCAGCUCUUUUCUGCAUGGCCAGCUCUAUUCGGGGUCUCCCCCAGUCCUGGAGUUUUCAGCUCACCUCUCAGCUGACCCUGCUGCCGCAGAAGCUGGGCACUUCUCUCGGAACCCAAGUCACCCUUGGAGGGUGUGUGAUGUCGUUCACUGAGGUCAAAAGUAUUUCUCUAAACCUUUGACCUUCAGCGGUCGAGAUCAGCUUGAGAAAGCCAUAUCCCAGUGUCACGCGUGACAGUGGAAAGGGGUUGGGUGUGUAAUAGUCAAUAGAGUGAACCUGUUGGUUUCAUUAGCCAAAGAAAAGGGAUGCCUUCACCCUUCCCACUGGGGCAGAAGGAAGCUAACUAGUACUUAUGUGCAAUAUGUUGACGCUACUCUCCAAGUCCCUGAGGGUUUUGCACAUAGAUGAGCUCCAGGGCUGCUGUUUGAAGAGUCAGGGGAUACAGGGUAAGUGCAGGGAGAGCCUGGGAUUAAAAACUUUGAUGGCCUUGGCCUAGAACGGAUGGGAGCGUGGGCGGGGCGCCCCUGAUGCUAGCUGCGGAACACCGGAACAAACCGGAAGUAGCUAGUCAGACACGUUGCACUAGUUGAUGAAAGCACUUUGAGAAACCUAUACACUUCAGCCUUGCUCCACAUUCUCCUCUGGCCAAUAUUUGUACCCUUUAUCUAUGUGAGGUGCUGUCGUAAAGGCUGGGUGAGGGGGUAGGGAAGGGGGCUAGUGUGAGAAAGGAUACGGGCGUCUUCCAAGGCAGCAGCCAGGAGAGCCUGCAGCUAGCCAGCCAGUCCUUGGCUGUCCUCUCUACUAGAAAGAAGCCCACGAAACAGAAUGAUACGGGUUUACAUCUUGGUACCCACUUUUGUAAAGACUAAAAAACAGCCUAGCCAAUCGUAAUGCUCCGUGGAGCGUCGUUUCCCUCUAAGUUUCUUACUUCCUGUCUGACCUGAGGCCCCUGUUCCCUGAGCUAGCAAAUGAGGCUGCCCCAUGUUAACAGCAUUCUCAUCCUGGAGCCAGGGGAGCCCAGAGCUCCACUCUUUCUAGCUCAGGGGGUGUGUUGGGGGAGGAGGGGCACUUCCGGCAAGGUUGUCAGCCUCCGACAGGAUGAGAUCCACAUAGCCCUGGCUGAGGUGCCUUACAUGAAGAGGCUAGCUUGCCAGGACAGACUCAAGCCAUAGUUUCUCGUGGGGAUGGUAAGGAAUUAACCCCUCGGUUGGGCUGGCCGACAACUUCCAGUCUUGCGUUAAUUAGCCUUGUCAUUGUCCCCACCGAACAGCUUUGAAUCUGAAUGUUGUGACCACUUGGCCGUCUCUUGCUUGCUUGCAGACAAUACUAGCAAUACACUUGUUUUCCCCAAACAGCUCGACUUAGACAGUUUUCGCACAUUGCUUUCAGAUGAUUGUAAAAACACAUGGGGCAACAGGAGGCAUGGAUCACACUGCAUAUGUUUAGGGCAGCUUUUGUUUUUUCGAAUCUUUAAUGGUAUAGCAGCAGUGACCAAGCCUUUGGGGAUUUGGGGGAGACAGAUUUUUUUCACGAAGCCAUUUCAUCAGAAUGCCUUGCACUUUGGAAGGAGUAUGGACAUCCAGAUACCCAAAUUGAGGGGCUUGCAGCAUAUGGUUUUGUAGAUGGUCGGCUCUACUGUACAGCAGCUCCUCCAAAAGGUGUUCAUGUGGCUCCAACCCCUCCGUGCCAUAUUAUUUUUUGUCAAUGGAUUCUCCAAGGAAGCCUUAGCAAGCCUCCUUGCUCCCUCUUGCUGGCCUUGGGUAGUAUCCUUGUGGAGGGGGUUAGCCAGCACUUUGCCUUAUCAAUGUGUGGACACCAGUCUAGUCUUAAGACUGGUGUCCACUGGCCACCAUGAUGGAAGGCAAAAUUAAGUUCCUUUGGUCAGUCACCAUGCCGGCCAACAUUAGCUUGGCAGUGAAAUACAAUGACACAAGAGAGUUAUCUUAUGUGUUCAGUACCAACUCGGAACAUUAGCAACUACCUAGAUGCCUAUACAGUCCGGGAAGUCACUAGUUAAUCCUGUGGUAGAGGAGAUGGGGUUGAACCCUGUAUCCAGGUGUCCAGAGGGGUUUACUGUAACUGCAAUACUGGCAGCCAAGCUGUCAACCUUGUUAAGUGAACCUCUGCUAGGUGGCUUACCUGGGACCUUUGGGACAAGUAAAGAAGUUGGGUAUGAGGAUUGGGGGAGAAGGGGCCCUGGCCAUGACCUUUGAUAUGGUCCACUGAAUAGCCAAACAGGUUUUUUGUUGUUGUUGUUCUUGUUUUUGUUUUAAUUUUUUGUGUUUUGUAUUUUAAAAUCUUGUCAGAUGUUUUUAUGUUAGGAAUAAUAAGUCAUAAACUAUUCCCACCUUGGUUUCUGAAGGGGUGUUCUGAUUCCAAUUGAAACAGGUUGGAAAUCUCAAGGGACGCAUGGUCUGGGAGUACAUGGGACAGGGCAGUGGAGCACCUGGGUUUCCAGGUGGCUGCUGGGGACGAUGACCAUCCGGGAGGCCACAGUGCAGUCGAUUCCAGAGAUUCACACCCGCCUCCUUGUCUCCUGAGUCCUGUUAGCACUGGCCUGGGCACAUGCUUCCAUCAGAAGCAGCCGUUGAGGUUGAAAGCAAGACUCCCCAGCUCCCAAGCCCUAGGUUUCAAGAGAUGAUGUCGGUAGCUAGCCUUAAUGGACUGGGCAAGGUGGUUCCUGUGCUCCCUCCCAGCAGUUCCAGAUUUUUGGACUCAAAACCCUUUCUCUUAGUGUGACCAUGCAGUCUAGAGAAUCUUGAGCAAUAGGAAGCCAGGGCUUUCCCUAGCUCUGUGACAGGGUCAAACCAGGGAAUGGCUAAACUUGAGAGGUUUUGUCAUACCCAGGGUACUACGGUAGGGGGCAUUAUGUAUUAGGGAGCUCAACAAGGUAACUGUAGCCUGGGGUAUGUGAAUGUAAGGUUGUGUUUGUGGGUGUGUGUGUGUGUGUGUGUGUGUGUGUGUGGGUGUUACAUUGAUGCAUUUCUUGAGAAAGGUGCAAGAAUUUCACCUAUACAGAGGGACACAUCUGCUUUAUUAUUUAUAAUAGAAGCUAAAUUUUAAUUUUUUAAAGGACACGCUAAUGAUUGAAAAUCGAGUUUUUAGUUUUGCUAUUUUUUUUAAUUGGUAGAAGAUUUUUAUAUAUUUUUUUCCCAUUUCGUUGGGUUGUGUCCUUAUUUAUAUAAAUACUUUAUCCGUGAGCGGCGAGGAAGAAGACUUCUCUGCUCUUAAUUAUCGUGGUUGUCAUUGUCCCUGUUUUAUUUCCGGUGUGAUUUUUCUGUCUUACCUUCUAAAUGAGGAACUGUUUUCCUGUAUUUGUACAUUGUCAGAUUCUAUAGUUUCGUAGAUAAUUUAACCAAAUUGCUCUAUGUAUUAUUAUUCUGUGGGUAUAAAGUUCUAUUUUAACGUCUGUAAAUACUUCAGAACUGGUUUCUUUUCUCAGCUCCUGCUGGGAGCUAUUGUUUACAUCACAAAAAACUGUAGAAUCUAUGCUCAUGUACUGUAAAUAGUGAAGUGAUCUGCUUAUAAAUUACCCGAACAAAUACACUAUGAAAAUUAAAAAAUACCACCCACA